UGAAGAGGCAGCGUUUCUUUGAUUAAUACAGCAGAAAAUACUAAUUCUGUCUUGAAGACGAUUACAUAUAACAGUAAAUCUUUCAUUUUCGUUGGAGUGGAGUGGCGAUCUCAUUACAAGAUGGAACCUACUAGGAUAUUUUUAAGAUCUGUAUUACACCUCAGUUAUAAUAUUAUUUAUACAGAUUAAGUCAUCAAGAAGUUCUUACGAGACUUUUAAUUAGAUAUCAGUUUUGAAUAUAUGCAAACAUGUUUAUCAGUGCUUAUCUGCGUUGAAUGAAUACUGGCAAAAAGUUUGCAGUAUUAGAAGUCUUCAGAGUGAUGGAUUUAUGAAGUAAAUAUUGUAGGGAAAGUCAGAUAUUUCAGAGGUUAAAUAAAUAAAACAUUGACAUUGACUGUAGUGUAAUUUACUCCUGGCAUAACUUCUCUUGCGGGGCAUCUUUAUAGGGGCUGUGUCAAGAGAUAGCGCUGCCUCAUGAUGAUUUUCCAUAGUAACAAGAUGUCCCAUCACAGGUACAGUCCUGAUCACAUGACACCUCGGCACAGCAUGUCACCUCCCAGCAGUCUCUCUCCAUCACACCACAUGAUGACCCAGCUGCCCCAUGGUAUGACCACAAUGCAUCAGGUGAAACAGGAAGUCAUGGAUUACUCACUCCCGGGCGCUGCAUGCUCAAUGUCGGCAAUGUCUAAUAUAAAGAAGAAAGGUAAAGGGUCUGGUGUGGCAGGGAAGAGCAUAGAAGAGGAGUUAUGUCUCAUAUGUGGAGAUAGAGCAUCGGGGUAUCAUUAUAAUGCUCUCAGCUGCGAGGGCUGUAAAGGCUUUUUUAGACGUAGUAUAACUCGUAAUGCUACCUAUAACUGUAAAUUUGGUGGUAAUUGUGAAAUGGACAUGUGGAUGAGGAGGCGGUGUCAAGCAUGUCGCUUACGGCGCUGUCGGGAGGUCGGCAUGAAAGAAGAAUGUUUACUCUCAGAGGAACAGUGUAAAGCUAGAGAUGCUCGACGGAAAUCCAAAAUGGCAAUCGACAAACCUCAGAACAGUCCAGAUAGUAUUUUAUCGCCUAGUGUGUCAGCGGCAAAUUCCCCCCAGAGUUUUACUAAACCUCUGGAUGCCCUGAAUGAUGAACAGAAAGAGUUGAUAGAGAGGAUUGUUUACCUGCAGGAUUACUAUGAGCUUCCCAGUGAUGAGGAUAUUAGAAGAAUACAGGAGGCCAGUGAACAAAGAAGGACUGAAGACAAUAACCUAACUGAAGCUGUCUAUUCUGAAAUGGCUGAAAUGACGAUUCUCACCACCCAGCUGAUUGUAGAAUUUGCCAAAAGAAUUCCUGGUUUCACCACGCUGGCCAAGGAAGACCAGAUAAUAUUGCUCAAGGGUUCAGCAUCUGAAGUUAUGGUGCUCCGGACAGGUCGACGAUAUGACCUUGAAACAGACACUGUCGUAUUUGCCAAUGGAUCACCAAUGACAAGAAAUGCUCUGCGAUAUGCUGGACUUUCAAAUCAUGUAGAUUCUAUGUAUGAUUUUUGCCGUAGAAUGGCAAUGAUGAAAAUUGACAAUGCAGAGUACGCACUCUUGAUGGGGAUCUCAAUAUUCUCAGAACGUCACGGACUGAAGAAUAAAAAGGCAGUAGAGGAUGUUCAGGAAGUUUACUUGCGCACACUAGAACGUUACAGUAAAGUGAAGCAUAAAGAUAUUAAGCAGAUAUAUGCCAAACUUAUUAUGAAACUAACAGAUUUACGUGCGUUAAGUGUAGAACACUCCGAAGUUCUAUUAGCCCUGAAGGUAUCUCGUGGCUCAUUCCCACCUCUAUUAAAUGAAUAUUUUGACGUUGAUGAGGUUGCUAGGCAACAGGAGGAGAGUCAGGCAGAGGCAGAGGCUGCAGCUUUUGACGUCCACUCCCCAAUAUCAAAUAUCUCAUCACCUUGCCCUAGUAACUCCUCUGUGUCAACCCCAAGCUCAUUAUAGUCACUGGAACACUUGAUGUGUGACUCUGAACGUCAUCUCAGGGCUUGAAUUAAGUGGGACUUACUAUGGCUUUUAAAUGGCAGCUAGUCCCAUGUUUCAGGCACAUAAAGCCAGCUAAGUUUCUAAAUGCGGGUAGGCCCUUAAAAACCACCUUUCUCCAGGCCUUUGAGGAGCUACUUAACAAGAGGCAUAUUGUAUUCAUCGAUGUAUGAGAUUUCUGUACAACAUAAGACUACAUGUACAUACAUAUGGAACUGAACUAAUUGUCUGUUAAGGAUAAAUAGCAUAACUUUGAACACCAGCACAUUGAUAAAUCCCCAUAUUCAACCAUACUUUAUGCUCUGUUAAACCCUUACUGGCAAACCAUAUCAAGGAUUACCAAGUUUAUAUAGCCACAACAGCUGAAUGGAAGUCCCAGAAAGAACUUGAGAAAUUGAGUUUUAAAUAAAUUUGGAAAGAAAAUGAAAUGAAAAGUGGAGGAAGUGUUCUCAGGUUUCUAUAAGGUGGCAUACUGGCAUAUGCGGACACCUGACAUUUGUCUGCAAUGUGACAUAACAUUGGCCU